CAGUGAAUAGGAAGCUGCCGAAUAAGAAACCAACUUCAGUGAAUAGGAAGCUGCCGAAUAGGAAACCAACUUCAGCCUCGUGAUUAUCAUGAUAUUGAUCAUCAUCAGCCAUAAUCAUAUCGUGACAGCAGUGAGUUACGUGUAUAACGAGAAAAAAAUAAAAUAAAAUAAUAAUACGAUCCGUGCAGGUCACGUGUUUUCUGUUGAGAAUGGAGCUCCAGUCUGCAGCUAGACCCCCAUGGCUUUUUAUCGCGCUCAGAUCCCGCCCUCAGCUGCUUAGGACCAAUCAGACCCCUCUCUUCCGUCGCACGCUGUCAGUAGGUGUGGGCGGAGCUUGCAGAAUGUAUUAGAGUGGCUGCCGGGAAAUUUUUGGCGCGAGUUUCUUGUUGUGGCUGACAAAGUUUCCCGCCUUCUGAGCACCAUGCCUGUGGAAGAGCUGUCCUCCCUCGAGCGGCCCGUUUCUCCAGAGGCCGAGAUGGAUCCAUCUCCUGAUGGAGUAAUAACUGCAGGUAUGAUUAAAGAAGAAGAAAAACUUGAGAAGGCAUCUGAAGCAGCGGAGCAAAAGAUGAUGGAAAAGGCUCGUAUGUCUUGGGAAAGAGAUUCCAAUGAGAUGCGGUUUAAGCGGCUUCAACAUUUACUUGAGAAAAGCAACAUUUAUUCUAAAUUCCUCUUAACAAAGAUGGAACAGCAGCAGCAAGAGGAGAUUAGAAGAAAGGAAAAGUUUGAAAAGAAGCAGACAAUACGUGAAACAGCAAAGGGAGAUAAAAAGACUUCGUCUAAAGCUGGCAAAGCAGCAAAGAAAAGACAACGGGAUGAAACAUAUAGCAUUUCAGAUGUUAUGUCCAGAGAGGACAUAAUCUCUGCAUCCAAAAAAUGCAAGCAAGAAUCUGUGGAGAAAAUCUCUCCCAGAAAACUAACUGCAGAAGAACUAGAGCAAAAUGGAGACUCCAAUACAGUCAUUAAAGAUAGACUGUCCCAAGCUGUAAGGCAGAAUGCUAAAUAUCUGCUUGAUCCUGUCAGGAAAGUAGAUGGUCAACCAAUCCCUUAUCAGCAACCAAAGUACUUCACAGGUGGUGUGAUGCGGUGGUACCAAAUAGAAGGCAUGGAGUGGCUCAGGAUGCUUUGGGAGAAUGGUAUCAAUGGCAUAUUGGCUGACGAAAUGGGUCUAGGAAAAACUGUCCAGUGUAUUGCCACCAUAGCCAUGAUGAUAGAAAGAGGUGUUCCUGGGCCAUUCUUUGUUUGCGGCCCUCUAUCCACCCUACCUAAUUGGAUGUCUGAGUUUAAACGGUUUUGUCCUGAGAUUCCAGUACUUCUGUAUCAUGGGAGUGCCCCGGAACGCCGUGAGCUGGCAAAGAAAAUAAACAAACGUGAAGGAAAUCUACAAACUUAUCCUGUUGUCAUUACUUCUUUUGAGAUUUCAAUGAGAGAUCGUGAAAUUUUACAGCAUAGAUCCUGGAAGUACAUGAUUUUAGAUGAAGGACAUAGGAUUAAAAAUAUGAACUGUCGCCUCAUCAGAGAAUUGAAGCAGUUUAGGUCAGACAACAAGCUGCUUCUCACCGGGACACCUUUGCAGAACAAUUUAGCAGAACUGUGGUCUCUUCUGAAUUUCCUCUUACCAGAUGUUUUUGAUGAUCUUAGAAGUUUUGAGUCCUGGUUUGAUAUUACUGGUAUUACACAGAAUGCUGAAGACCUUGUGGCCAAGGAAAGAGAACAGAACAUUUUACAUAUGUUGCACCAGAUUCUUACACCUUUUCUGUUGAGAAGACUGAAAUCCGAUGUAGCAUUAGAAGUUCCUCCAAAGAGAGAGGUUGUAGUCUAUGCACCGCUAACAAAAAAACAAGAGACUUUUUACACAGCCAUAGUAAACCGGACAAUUGAGAAAAUGCUUGGAAAGGAUAAGUCUUCUGAAAUCAUAAUUUCUGAAGGAAGAGGAAGAAGGAAAAGCCGUAAAGUAAUAAAUUACGAUGAACGAAAAACUCGAGAUGAGAUUGAACAGCUCAUAGAUGCCAUGCUAAAGGAGCCAGAAAAAGUAGAAAAAGAAAGAACUGCACUAGAUUUGGCUGUGCCACUGGAUGCAGAGGUUAACCUCAAAAUGAGAAACAUCAUGAUGCUGCUGCGAAAGUGCUGUAACCAUCCUUAUUUGAUUGAAUAUCCUCUUGAUCCACUGACUCAAGAGUUUAAGAUAGAUCAAGAAUUGAUAAACAGUUCAGGAAAAUUUUUGAUCUUGGAUCGUAUGCUGCCAGAGAUGAAGAAAAGGGGACACAAGGUCUUGAUGUUUUCACAGCUAACCAUGAUGUUGGAUAUAUUAAUGGACUACUGCUACUACAAAAAGUUUAAGUUUUGCAGGUUGGAUGGAUCAAUGUCCUAUUCAGAACGAGAGGAAAAUAUGAGAGAAUUUAACACGGACCCUGAUGCUUUUAUUUUCCUGGUUAGCACACGUGCUGGAGGCCUGGGGAUCAAUUUAACAGCAGCAGAUACAGUUAUCAUUUAUGACAGUGAUUGGAAUCCACAAGCAGAUCUUCAGGCUCAGGACAGAUGUCACCGGAUUGGUCAAACAAGGCCAGUAGUUGUCUACCGUCUAGUGACAGCUAACACAAUUGACCAGAAAAUUGUGGAAAGGGCUGCUGCGAAAAGAAAACUAGAAAAACUGGUGAUUCACAGAAAUAAAUUCAAAGGUGGCCAAAGUGGGAUAAAUCAGUCAACAAAAUGUUUGGAUCCCAAGGAGUUACUUGAAUUGCUUCAGUCCCGGGAUCAUGAAAGGGAAGUAAAUGGGUCAAGUGGAAAAGUCAUUAGUGACAAAGACUUAGAACUAUUGUUAGACCGAAGUGAUCUCAUUGAACAAAUGAAGAGAAAUAAUGCAGCUUCUAAAGAGAAGGGGGUAUUUUCAGUUGAAGAAUCGAAACAAGAAAUUGAAGUUUGAUUCUUUUAGGUUUUUUUUCUUUUUCUUUUAGUUGAUGUGAUUUAAAUGUUACCAAAAUGACAUUUAAAAUAUUUAGUUUAUCUGUAAAAGUUUUAGUAAAGUGAGAAUCUACAAAUUUGCAUAUUCUGCCUUUUGGAUCGGUUUUAAAUGCACUUAUCACUGAUGAAACUUCCUAUGGAAGUAAUUUUUUUUUUUCUGUCUGCUUUGAACACUGUUAAUAAAUAAAAAAUUGUGUAAUAAACCUUAUACUUCUGUUUGCUGCCCAGGUAUGAACUAGAGAUGAGCGAACUUACAGUAAUUCGUCUUGUCACGAACCUCGCGGCUCGGCGGUUCCUGACUUUAG